AUGACGCCAAAUGAGUUGAAGUAUUCGCCGACUGAAAAGUUGUGUCUGGCCUUAGCCUUCUCAAUUCAGAAGAUGAAACACUACUUUCAAGCUCAUGUAGUUCGUCUUAUUUCCAAAGAAAACCCCAUCAAAUUUGUGAUGUCGAAACCUAUCCUUAGCGACCGACUAGCAAGGUGGUAUCUCCAAUUUCAACAAUUUGAGAUUGUGUACGUUCCUCAAAAAGCUGUGAAAGGGAAAGCAUUGGCGGAUUUUCUAGCAGACCAUCCGAUACCCGAUGACUGGAAAUUAACUAAUGAACUACCUGAUGAGGAUGCGAUGGUCAUUGAGAUUCAACAGCCUUGGAAGAUGUAUUUUGAUGGUGCUGCACAUCGCGAAGGAGCUGGCGCUGGUGUGAUAUUUGUCACUUCUCAGGAAGAGGCACUCAUACUUGGGCUUGAAAUGGCUGUUGAUAUGAAGCAGUUACAAUUACAAGUCUUUGGAGAUUCUGAACUGGUAAUCAAUCAAUUGUUGGGUACCUACGAGGUCAAAAGGCCAGAAUUGAGUCCCUAUCAUCACUAUGCACAAAAAUUAAUUGGGUGGCUCGGCAACGUAACUCUCCAGCACGUGCCAAGAAAGGAAAAUAAGAAGGCUGAUGCUUUGGCUACUUUGGCUUCAACAUUGACUUUGCCUGACCAAGCGCAAAUCACUAUCUGCCAGAAAUGGAUAGUACCGCUGGAGGACGAUGAGGAUGAAGAAAGCAAACUCGAGCUUCUUGUGGCCGUUACUGAAUCUGAGAAAGCCGAUUGGUGA